CGCCAUAUCACGACGUCAUAAGCAGAAUGUUAUAAAUCAUAAUACUAGUUACUAUGGUUAAAAAUAUUUUUACUGGUUGUCGUUACGUACGACGCCUUUUGGCUUCCAGAGCCUUUGGAACAUCCUCAAAACCUGAAGCUGGAGUGCCAAUUUCAUCUACAAAUCGCUCUUUUGUGUCUGAAUUGUAUUCAUGUGUGUCAGAUGAAGGGGAUCGAUUAGCUCUUUUACGUUUAUCGGAGCUUGUUAGAGCAUACCGCACUGAAGGACAUUGCGUCUCCACGUUGGAUCCUCUUGAUUUACCUCGUGAGCCUCCAUUUCAUCGUUUCAUUCCUUCUGACGUAUCCACUAAAUUAUGUCAUACUACUUAUGGAUUGAAGGAUGAGGAUUUGGGUCGUCCUCUCCCUUCGGGUCUUAUUCCCGGUCACAUGGGUUCUUCUUCCACCGUUGCUGAGUGCAUAGAUAAUUUGCGUCGUACCUAUUGUGGCGAUUUUGCUGUGGAGUUUAUUCAUUUGCCCGAGGAAGAGCAGCGUUUUUUCAUUGAGCGCAUUGAGCGUCCUGGUGCUAUGGAUUUCAGCAAGGAGGAUCGUCUUAAUUUUUUCAGGUCUAUAGCUCGUGCUGUAACGUUUGAGCGUUUUUGCACUAAGGCAUUUCCCACAGUGAAGCGUUUUGGUGCUGACGGCAUAGAAUCAUCCAUUCUUGCAGUUGACGUUUUGAGUGAGAUGUCUAUGGCAUUUGGCGUUGAUUCUCUUAUAAUGGGCAUGUCGCAUCGAGGACGUUUGAAUAUGCUAGUGAACGUUCUUAAUAGGCCGUUGGAAGAGAUGUUUGCUGAAUUUCGUGGUAAGAAUUGGUACGCCACUGAGGGUAGUGAAUACUGCGGUGAUGUCAAGUAUCACUUUGGCUACAGUAGCAAGCGCGGUAACUUACAUGUUGACAUGUUGAACAACCCAUCUCACUUACAAUUUGUUCAUCCUGUGGUUGCUGGUAAAGCUCGUGCUCGUCAGGUAAUAUCUAAUCUUGAAUCGACUCGUGUGCUUCCUGUUGUCCUUCACGGUGACGCCGCGUUUAGUGGUGAGGGUGUAACUUACGAGACUGUUCAGAUGUCCCGUAUCCCUGAAUACACUGUUGGUGGUACUAUUAACAUUGUUGUGAACAAUCAAAUUGGUUUCACAACAUAUCCUUCUGGCGGUGCAUCAACUCGUUACACCACUGACAUUGCCAAAAUGGUUGAAUCUCCGGCUCUUCAUGCUAACGCUCACAAUGUUGAGGCUGUUGUUUUGGCAUCUCGCCUUGCGUUUGAGUACCGUCAGAAGUUUGGUAAGGAUGUUUUCGUUGAUCUUAUUGGUUUCCGUAAAUUCGGCCACAAUGAGUUAGACAUGCCCAAAUUCACUAAUGCUGAGAUGUAUGCUCGCAUUGAGAAGAAGGAGGAUGUUUUGGUUGCUUAUCGUAAAUUCUUGUUAUCUCAUGGCGUAUUUACAGAACCAGAGCUUCUUGCUAUUGAAUCUGAAAUCCAAGAUGUUUUUGAGGCAGCUCUUAAGAAGUCGAAAGAUAUUGUCGACAUCCCUCUACCUCCUCAUUCAUUGAACUGGAAGAUUCCACCUCUAUCGUCCACGGUUACUGGUGUUGAACCUCAUCGUUUAGUUGAGUUAGGCAAGGCGUUGAAUGGUGUUCCUCAGGACUACCAGCUGCACCCUGCAAUCCGUCGUAUAUACAAUGAGCGUUCUAAAGCAAUUGAGGCGGGUAACAACAUUGAUACUGGUCUUGCUGAGGCAUUAGCGUAUGCAUCUCUUGCUGAGGAUGGAUAUCGUGUACGUUUAGUGGGACAAGACUCUAAACGUGGUACAUUUUCACAUCGUCAUUCUAGUGUACAAUGCCAGAAAACUUUCCGUUUCUUCAACAUUUUUGAGAACGUUCCUAAUGGUUCUAACAUUGAGGUGUAUAAUUCCUUAUUGUCGGAAACGGCUGCCAUGGCUUUUGAGUAUGGUUACGGCCUCGAGGAUUCUCGCGUUUUGAACAUUUGGGAAGCACAAUUUGGUGAUUUUGCGAACGUUGCUCAGCCUAUAAUUGACGAAUUUGUUGUUAGCGGUGAGGCUAAAUGGGCUCAGAAGUCUGCGAUGUGUUUAUUCUUGCCUCAUGGUUUUGAUGGACAAGGUCCCGAUCACAGUUCCGCUCGUAUCGAGCGUUACUUACAGCUUUCCAAUGAGCCGGAGGACGUUUCGGAAUUUGUAUCAAUGUCUACUGACGACCAUGCUCGUCGCGUUAACAUUGCUGUGAUUAAUUGCACCCGGUCAAGUAACUUGUUCCACGCAUUGCGUCGUCAGAUGUUACGUGACAUGCGUAAGCCUUUGAUUGUGAUGACUGGUAAGAAGUUAUUGAAGUUACGUGGCACUUAUUGCAAUAUUGAAGAGUUUGGCCCGUCAUAUGGAUUCAGGCCUAUGAUUCCUGCAUCUGUAUCUAAUGAGGAUGCUGUUGACACAUUGAUUUUGUGUAGUGGACAGGUAUACUUUGAUAUUUCUGAUCGUGUUUCUGAGCUUAGUGUUGGUAACGUUGCGGUUACUACUGUUGAACAGUUAUGCCCAUUCCCAGCUGGUGCUUUGAAGUCUGAAUUGGAGCGUUAUCCGAAUUUGAAGCGUUUGGUUUGGUGUCAAGAGGAGCACGCUAAUGCUGGUGGUUGGUCUUACGUAUCACCUCGCAUUUGCAGUUUGUUGGCACACUUAGGUUCCGGACUUCGUUUGGAAUAUGUGGGCAGGCCUCCACUUUCAGCUCCUAGUUGUGGUGAUUCUCGUACUCACGGUGUAGAGUUGCAGAAGUUUUUAUCUAUUGCUAUUCCUGAAAAAUGAGCAUAAAACUUAGCAACGUCACGACACAU